AAUUGCUUACCAUCUCAUAUUCUUCUUCUUCAUUAAAAAAAUUCUUGACUUUCAUCUUCUGCCUUCCAUUCCAAGAUUGUGGUCACCGUCCUUUGCCAAAAUCUAAGAACUUCUUUACGUGCAGCCACACGGUAACCGCCAAAUAUCAGAUUCAGCACCUCUUCCAUUUUCAGUUAAAUUGGUGUCUCUUAAUCCUCUGCAAAUGAAAAUUCAUCUAUUCUUUAUAUGGUUCCUUUUAGCAGGACUCUUCGGCAUCCAUGUGGUUAUGGUUUCUGGCUCUUGCCGGAUAGACCAGCAAUCUUUGUUAGUCCGAUUUCACAGUAGCCUGAGAUUCAACCAAGCCAAGUCUAUAAAACUGGUGAGUUGGAAUUUAAGCUCAGAUUGCUGUGACUGGGCUGGUGUCACCUGCGAUGGGGGUGGUCUUGGUCGUGUUAUUGGCCUAAACUUGAGCAGCGAAUCAAUUUCUGGUGGAAUUGAGAAUCCAAGUGCACUUUUCCGCCUUCGAUAUCUUCGGAAUCUUGAUCUGUCGUACAACAACUUCAACACAUCUAUUCCAGCUAGCUUUGCCAGUCUCACCUGUUUGAUUUCUCUGAAUUUGUCUAAUGCUGGUUAUGCGGGUCAAAUUCCAAUCGAGAUUUCAUAUCUGACAAAGUUGGUCACACUUGAUUUGUCUAUUAGUCCAUUCUUCUCUGCAAAAAGCGCACUGAGACUUGAGAACCCAAAUCUGGCAAAACUAGUUCAAAAUCUCACCCACCUAACAGAACUGCAUCUUGAUGGUGUGAAUAUAUCUGCUUCUGGAAAGGAGUGGUGCGGGCCCUUAUCGUCUUCUUUGCCUAGUCUGCGAGUGUUGAGCUUGUCCAGAUGUUUUCUUUCAGGCCCUUUCGAUAGUUCCCUUGCAGCUCUUCAGUCUCUCUCAGUAAUCCGUUUGGAUGGUAACAGUUUCUCUUCUCCAGUUCCAGAAUUCUUUGCAAGUUUCUUGAAUUUGAGAACCUUGAGCCUUAGCUCUUGCAAGUUGCAAGGAACAUUUCCUACAAAAGUAUUCCACGUAUCAACACUAGAGAUUAUUGACUUAUCAUUCAACAAAGAACUUCAGGGAUACUUGCCUGAUAGUUUUCAAAAUGCCUCUCUUAAGACCUUGAAGCUCAAUAACAUAAAAUUUUCAGGGAGUCUACCAGAUCCCAUUGGUGCACUUGGCAAUCUGACGAGAAUAAAUCUAGCAACUUGCACAUUCACAGGACCAAUUCCUACUUCAAUGGAAAAUCUAACUGAACUUGUCUACUUGGACUUCUCAUCAAACACGUUUACCGGCUCAAUUCCAUCAUUGGAUGGCUCCAAAAAACUCAUGUAUGUGGACUUCUCCAACAAUUAUCUCUCUGGUGUGAUAUCAAACAUCGACUGGAAAGGCCUUUCAAAUUUGGUCCACAUUGACCUGAAGAAUAACUCAUUUAAUGGCAGCAUCCCUUUAUCUCUGUUUGCAAUCCAAUCGCUGCAGAAGAUUAUGCUUUCCUAUAACCAAUUUGGAGGCCAAAUUCCUGAAUUCCCGAAUGCAUCUACUCUGUCAUUGGAUACGCUGGAUUUGAGUAACAACAACCUAGAAGGGCCUGUUCCCCAUUCAGUGUUUGAGCUCAGAAGGCUCAACGUUCUCUCACUAGCAUCCAACAAGUUUAGUGGCACCAUAAAGCUAGAUCAGAUUCAAAAGCUUGUUAAUCUUACCACGGUUGACCUCUCAUACAACAAAUUGACAGUGGAUGUAAAUGCAACGAAUUCUACAUCCUCUUUCCCUCUGCGGCUGACCACAUUGAAACUGGCUUCUUGCAAUCUGAGAAUGUUUCCUGACCUAAGAAACCAGUCAAGAAUAACAAAUUUGGACCUUGCAGACAACAAAAUUGCUGGAUCAGUGCCUCCAUGGAUUGGCCAAGUCGGUAAUGGCUCUCUCCUUAAUCUAAAUCUUUCACGGAAUCUCCUGGUGAGUCUACCAGAACCUCUUUCUCUCUCUAAUACUCUUGCUGUAUUGGACCUACACAGUAACCAGCUCCAAGGGAAUAUACCAAGUCCUCCGCCGCUUGUUUCCGUCGUGGAUUUGUCUAAUAAUAACUUUUCUUCUUCGAUUCCAUAUAAUAUUGGUGAUAACCUUUCUGUUGCCAUCUUCUUUUCUCUCUCAAACAAUAGGGUUGAAGGAGUUAUACCUGAAUCAUUAUGCACAGCCAGUUAUCUGGAAGUUCUCGACUUGUCCAAUAACAGUCUGAUUGGGUCAAUACCAUCUUGUUUAAUUGAGAGGAGUGAGACUCUUGGUGUUCUGAAUUUAAGGAAGAACAACUUCACUGGCAGAAUUCCUGAUAAUUUUUCACGAAAAUGUAAAUUGGAAACUCUAGAUCUGAGUGGAAAUUUACUGGAGGGGAAGGUGCCAGAAUCUCUGAUCAAUUGCACUAUAUUAGAGGUUUUAGACCUUGGGAGCAACAAAAUCAAUGAUACUUUCCCAUGCCUUUUAAGGAAUAUAUCAAGUUUGCGAGUCCUUGUUCUGCGAAAUAACAACUUUUACGGCAAUCUUAGUUGUCCGAGUAGCAAUGCCACAUGGGCAAGGCUUCAGAUUGUUGACAUAGCUUUGAACAGUUUUACUGGUAGACUACCAAAUAGAAUGUUAAGCAAAUGGAAGGCAAUGAUUGGAGCUGGAAAUGAAACCCACGGUCCCAUCAAAUUCAAGUUCCUAAAGGUUGGUGGAUUAUAUUAUCAAGAUUCAAUAACAGUUACCAGCAAAGGGCUCGAGAUGCAGCUUGUGAAGAUCCUAACCCUCUUCACAUCAAUAGAUGUUUCUUGCAACAAAUUUCAAGGGCAAAUACCAGAAAGGUUAGGGCAAUUCAGUGCACUGUAUAUUCUAAACUUGUCGCACAAUGCUCUUGAUGGCCAAAUCCCACCAUCUUUAGGCAAUGUGUCAAAUCUUGAAUCCUUAGACCUCUCAAACAACCACCUUACAGGAGAAAUUCCCCGGCAGCUCACAGACUUAACAUUUCUUUCAUUCCUGAACCUCUCAGGCAAUGAAUUAGUAGGAGAUAUUCCAACAGGUAGGCAGUUCCAAACAUUUGAGAACACUUCCUACCGAGGUAAUGAAGGAUUAUGUGGACCUCCUUUGUCAAAACUUUGCUCAAAUAACAUUGCAUCGGCUCCUGAAACUGAUCAUAUCCACAAAAGAGUACGCGGCAUAAAUUGGAAACUUUUGAGUGCUGAAUUUGGAUACCUCUUCGGCCUUGGAAUUUUUGUUAUGCCUCUAAUAUUGUGGCAGCGGUGGAGAAGUUGGUACUACAAACACGUUGAUCGUGUUCUUGUCAGGAUAUUCCCUCAGCUGGAGGAUAAUAGCAUGAACAGGAGGAGGAGGAGAUGCAAAAUUUAAUGAAGAGGGUUCAUUGUAGCCAGUGUUCUUGAUUGAUUCAUUUUCCUGAUUUCAACUUUCAAUAUUGAAGUUAGAGGAUAAAAGCCUUUGUAUAUACAUAUAUAUCAUCAUAAAUGAGAAAUGGCUUGCGACAUUCACCCUGUAUUAGGAAGAUUGAAGACUUAGAUGUAUUCAAUAAUAAUUUUAAGACUGUAAAAGUGAAACUGCCAUCUCCAUACUAUUGACUGCCACCUUUCUGUACCUCAAAGCAUGAAAAGCUUCAUGAGCGAUGAAAAUGUUAUCUUGGAUUGCCUGAUAUUCACAAAAGCAUAUUGAUUGAGGGACACCGAUUUACCAAUGCAGGGUUUCAAUCUCAGGACAUUACUUCGGAAAAAUAUUUUAUAGAAGAAAUUGCAGAGGCUUACUUGGCGGAAUUGGUUUAUGGUCUGGGGGUUUGGCAGUUUAGGUAUUAGGGCAACGUCGGUUCUGUUAAUUUCUUUCAGGAGGUACCCUGUAGAGAAACAUCUAUGACCUGCAAGGGUGACAUCACUUUUUGAUAUUUCCCAAAAUUCAUGGAAGAAAUUUCCAGGACACGAUCGGGCCCUGGGGCUUUAUGGGCUCCAAGAUUAACCGCUGCCUCUUUGAUUUCCUUUUCUGUCACAGGCCUGCACAGUGUUGUGCAGUGCUGAUCUCAUCCCCCACAGGCACAAGAUUACCAGCCAUUACCUCGCUAACAAAUUCCUCAUUAUGCUCCUUACAGCUGCUGGAAAAAAAAAGCUUCUGAAUUAUUAUAAUAUUGAGUUUUGACAUGUUAAUUUUGCCAGGAACUUGUUACUUUCAUGACAGAGUUCCUGUAAUUAUGUCCAACAGUUGUGUCUUUUUCCCU